ACUCCAGACUCCAGACUCAAACUCAAAGCUCCCAUUAACUAGAAGAGAGAGAGAGAGAGAGAGAGAGAGAGAGAGAGAGCAUAAAGUUAGGCAUCAACAGCAUGAGUGAGUGGAUAGUAUCUAAUUGGAAUAAGAGGCAACAACAAAGACAAGAGCAGCAAGGAGUAGAAGAAGGAGAAGAGGGAAACAGAUCCUCUCACGUGCACAACAACUCCCCAAGACCCAGUACUCAUCAUGUUCUUGUCCCCCCCAAGUCUACCUAUGAAGUUGCAGAAUUAACUUGGGAAAAUGGCCAGCUAGCCAUGCAUGGGCUUGGUGGGCUCCUUCCCACAACCCCAACAAAGCCAACAGGUGGUAGGUCCGGCGACACACUGGAGUCCAUAGUCCAUCAAGCUACAUACCACAAACAAAAUCCAAAUGUUGUGCCUCAACAUGAUCCAACUCCGGCCGAUAUUAGCUCUACUGGUGCAUCCUUUGUCGGAAAAUGGGCCGAGAUUUCUGCCUGUGCACGCACCGCUCCAAUUUUGGUCGGAAAACAGAUGCGGUCGAAAUCCGAGCAAUAUGGGAAAAAUUUUAGUAGUAGCAUUAUUCAAGAAGAGCCUACAGACCGCAGUGCUUGUGCUAGUCCUAGUGCAACAUUUUGUAAGGACAACGAUGCUACUAUGGCGACAUGGGCUUCUUUUGAAUCUCCUUCAAGCUUGAAGACUAAAACCACCGAUGAGGAUUCGGCUUGUCAAGAUAGAUCGGAAAACCUGGAUGAAGAGCGAGAGACCAAAUGCGAAACAGUCCGCUCUCUUUCGACAAGGCGUAGUCGAGCUGCUGCCAACCAUAAUCAGUCAGAGCGGAGACGUAGAGAUCGGAUCAAUCAGAAAAUGAAAGCUCUGCAAAGACUAGUUCCAAAUUCAAGUAAGACUGAUAAAGCUUCAAUGCUUGAUGAGGUGAUUGAGUACUUAAAGCAACUCCAAGCACAAGUUCACAUGAUGAGUAGUGCAAGAAACAUGCCCCAAAUGAUGAUGCCUCUAGCAAUGCAACAACACAUUCAAAUGUCUCUCCUAGCUCGAAUGGGCAUGGGCGUCGGGCUUGGAGGGCUCAUCCAUCCGCCACCAGUUGCUUCUGUUACUCCCACAUUUGUUCCCCCUCCCUUUAUGAUGCCUCCCAUGAUUCCAACCCGUGCUCAAGCACCACCAACUCCCGAUGCUACAGUCAGCAACAACUCGGUCCCUUUUCCUGAUCCAUAUUGCACAUUUCUAGCACAACAAUCUAUGAAUAUGGAUCUCUACAACAAGAUGGCAGCACUUUAUCGACAACAAGUCAAUCAAACAACGCAGCCAACAAGCAUCCCUUUGCCAUCAAGCCAUGUCCAAGGUGGAUAAAAAGACGCCUUAAUUUCGUGACCUCUUCAAUAUGGAAUCGCGCCCACACACACACAUAUAUAUAUAUAGGAUUGAAUUCUUUAAAUUGUCAUAAUUUUAGUAUUUCAUGAUCUAUGACAAUAGAUCUUAUACAUUUUGCAAUUCAGAAGUUUUCAGACAUUAUAAAAUAAUGAUAUGUGCUAGCAUAUUUUGUGUACAAUAGCAAUAGGGAAAUCUUCAUCAAGCUUAUUAUUAAUAAAACUAUUCCAUCAUAUUCAUAAA